UUUCUCUUUAAAACAGCGAGUAGCGCCUGUGAAAAUUCAGUGUUCCAGCAGCUUCAUUGUGCCUGUUCAUCAAGUUGCUUCCGCUGGUACCCAGGCAGACAAACGGAGCUGGGAGAGGCCGAAGGAGUUGCGGAGUUUGAAAGACUGAAAACCUGAGGAGUGAAAGCUGAUUCUAGCAAAGUAACUUUUUAAAUCCUUGGUUUGGCUGUAAAGCCAGCGUGAGAAAAUCUGGUGGUGCCUCCUCAGGUAGAUGGUGAAUGGUUAUUGCGAUGGUUAAUGUAAACGGGAUCUAAGGAUCACUUUACACACGGGGAGGCACUAAAACCCUCUGCCCUCCUGUUACUUCUCUCUAACUUACUAUGUUUGUCUUUAAAUGACUCUAGUGCUAAAUUAGAACUGGGGAAGUGUAGUAGCCUUUGCAAAAACUCUUUUUUGCACAUAUUUACACUCUGUUUGUUCUUUCAGACAGUCAGCAACCAGCAUGUUAACAACUCUUGCUUUUCAAGGCGAUGCAAGUGACAUAUUACCUGCUCUGAUUAGCUAUUUUUUGAAAGAGGGCAAUUGAAAUAAGAUAGUUUUGUAGUAUGUACCUGGAAAUUGUUGUUUGAAUUGGGCCUCUCCAGAGUAAGGUGCAGAAAAUCCAGGGUUUUCACCCAGCUUUAACUGCUUGCCUUUCAUCUCUAGCAGGAGUUUUCCUUUAGACAGUGGAUACUUCUGCUCCGAUGGCCACAGGUCUCCACUUCGUGUUCUGUGUGAUCACAACCACGCUGCUCCUGAGAGAAUCAAGCCAAGCAGGUGCUGCGAGGAAGGACGAUGCCGUGAGCAAGGGCAGUGGCUCCAGGGGACCAGAAGAGGGUCUGCCAACACUGACUGUCACAACGAUCCUGGAAGAUCCUUAUGUCAUGUUGAGAGGUGCAGAACUGGAGGGCUACUGCAUGGAUCUGCUGAAAGCGCUCGCUGCGAUGCUUCACUUCAGCUACCGGGUGAAGGUGGUGGGCGACGGGCAGUACGGUGCCGUCUCUUCCAGUGGCAACUGGACAGGGAUGAUUGGCGAAAUUUUGAGACAGGAAGCAGACAUCGCGGUGGCUCCACUGACCGUCACGUCCGCGAGGGAGGAGGUGGUGUCCUUCACCACUCCGUUCCUGCAGACCGGGAUUGGAAUCUUGCUUCGCAAAGACACCAUCUCGCAGGAGAUGUCUUUCUUCCACUUCCUGGCUCCUUUCAGUAAGGAGACCUGGACUGGCCUUUUAUUUGCUUAUGUGCUGACCUGCUUCUGCCUCUUUCUUGUUGCCAGACUGAGCCCCUGCGAGUGGAAUGAGCCAAAGAACGAGGAGAACCACUUCACCUUCAUGAACAGCCUGUGGUUUGGAGCAGGAGCUCUUGCGCUGCAAGGUGUCACCCCUCGUCCCAAAGCGCUCUCUGUGCGGGUCAUCGCCGCAGUCUGGUGGCUCUUCACCAUCGCGCUGCUGGCCGCCUACAUCGCCAACUUCACCGCCCUGCUGAGCUCCGGCAGCGAGCAGCUGCCCGUCCAGACGUUCGAAGACCUCGUGAAGCAAAGAAAGCUGGAGUUUGGGACGCUGGAGGGCUCCUCUACUUUUUACUACUUCAAGAACUCCAAGAAUCCCAUCCAUCAGAUGAUCUACGAAUAUAUGGACAAGAGACGAGACCACGUUUUAGUCAAAACCUACCAGGAAGCCGUUCAGCGCGUGAUGGACUCGAACUACGCCUUCAUCGGCGAGUCCAUCUCGCAGGACCUCGCAGCCGCCAGGCACUGCAACCUGAUCAGGGCCCCCGAAGUUAUCGGAGCCAGAGGAUUCGGCAUCGCCACUGCCCAGGCAUCCCGGUGGACUAAGCAGCUCUCCGUCGCUGUCCUCAAACUGCGCGAAUCAGGCGACCUCGACUACUUGCGGAACAAGUGGUGGGAAAGCAGCUGCCUCCACAAGAGCCGGGAGCGCUGGAGUCCCCUGCAGCCGCAGGCCCUGGGCGGGCUGUUCCUCACGCUGGCCAUCGGCCUCGCGCUGGGGGUGCUGGCCGCCGUGGCCGAGCUGUCCAACAAGAGCAGACGCGCCGCGGGACACGCCAAGAAAUCUUGCUGCUCUGUUUUCACAGAAGAAAUGUGCACUCGUCUUCGUAUAAAAGAAAAUGCAAGACAAAGCCAGGAGACUUCAGGGAGGGCUAAUGCUUAAGGAUUUUUAGCUUAAGGAAUGGGCGUGUAUUAGGUUUAUACCGUAUGUAUUUCAUAGGAACUACAUCAGUGUAGAAACAUGUUUUUCUGCAAGUCUAGAGAGUUAGUUUUCUAAUGACACACACAGAGCACUUCUGGAUUGGUGGUGGAUACAGAAGAAUAUGUCGUGGUUUGGAAGCAUUUACAUUGAAAAGGGACAGAGUAUAACUGUUAAAAACAAGGGGGAUUAACGACUUGGUAAAAUCAAGUUGAGAUGGCCAAGGUGGUGGAUCUGUGUUCACUGUGUAAGUACAUGGAUGCUGUAGGAGUAAGUGACUCCAGAGAGGUUAAUUUGAAGCCUUCGCUUACUAAUUUCAGUGUGAGGUACAAUCCUGAAAUGUAAAGCCGGGGUGACUGAUGCACAUGCUGGUUUGCAAAGGGUUAAAUUGCUCCAUUUACAUACUGCACAUCUGACGGAGGGAAAAUGCAAAUCCAGUCACUGGAUAUGGCUUUAACUGCCCCGCAUGGACAGAGACUAAUGCUGAUCAGUACCAGCAGUAAAGAACCGGAGGUAACAAACUCCAUGCCAGUGACAGGAAAAUAGCCGAAUAAAGCCCUGCACGUUCACUUUAAGGGUAAUUUUGUGAGACUUGAUUCACACAACCUGGCAGCAGAAUUCCCCUCCAGCCAUCAGCCAACCCAGGAGGGAUGGACAGGAGUUCCCGCUGUUGGUGAUGUGUGGGGCGGCUGCUGCUCCACAGUCCCAGAUCACAUCAGCUCUCUUUGAAACCCGGCUUAAGCAAGAAGGUGGAUCAGUCCUUCCAUCAAAUUAACUGCAAAGAGCAUGAAAGACUUUAGGUCAGCUUAAAAGCUGGCACGGAAAAUGCAGCAUCAGUCACUCAGCACUUUGAAAACUAUUUGGUAUGUGCCCGGUCAGUGCUGGCAGAGUAGGCAGAAAUGUAUAAAAUAAGGUUUCAUUGACAUUUAAAUAUAUUUCUAUAUGAAUGUCUCACAGAACAAAAAAAUAAAUCUUUUCAUCACAAAUACUGCAGCAUUAAAAUAAACACUUACCAAAAUAAACAAUGAGUGAUAUACAUAUA